AUGACCAGGCUUGAUAGAUAUAUUGGAUUUUCAAAACAAAUCAAAGGUGUGAUCUUUGAUAUGGAUGGUACAUUAUGUUUACCACAACCAUGGAUGUUUCCUGAAAUGAGGUCAGUAAUUGGAUUAAAUAAUAAAGAAAAAGAUAUCUUAGAAUUCAUUGAAGAACUACCUACAACAGAAGAUAAAAAAUGGGCAAAAGAAAAAAUUCAUGAGGUAGAGAUUAAAGCGAUGGAAGAAAUGAGACCACAACCUGGCUUAAUUGAGUUGAUGAGGUUUUUAACAUUAAAUAACUUUAGUAAAAAUAUUUGUACUCGAAAUGUUAUAACACCUGUUAAUUACCUGAUUAAUAAAUAUAUUCCACAGGAAUGGUCAAAAUUUGACCAUAUUCUAACAAGAGAAUUUAGACCAACCAAACCGUAUCCAGAACCUUUAUUGCAUAUUUCCAAACUGUUAGAGACGGAACCAGGUCAACUAAUUAUGGUAGGUGAUUCAUUUGAUGAUAUGAAAAGUGGGCAUUCUGCAGGAUGUAUCACGAUACUUUUAAAAAAUCAUGUUAACGGAUAUUUAUUAAAUGAGCAUAGAAACUUGAUAGAUUUUACUGUUAAUACUCUCGAUGAAAUAAUACCUUUAUUACAAGGAGAAGGCGUGGUAGAAACUGCAUAG